GCUUGGCUCAGCUCCUGUCCACACCGUAGCGGUGAAGCUGUCACAACAAGCGUCAGUCUGUUCCGCAGCUUCAGCCCCACAAUCAUGCUAUCCAUAUUCUUAGUUAACUUGCGGGAAUUUAUGAGAAACUAAGUUGCCGUCAGGGGACUUAGUUGAGCGGACUUGACGCUGACGGAGAUGUUUCUCGGUGUCGGUGAGGACUGAACGGAGGAUUAUCGUUUCCAGGGAGAACCUGACAGUUAGGUUGCCAGGCUGGCUGCUGCUUGGCGUCUUGUUUAAUUUAACUGCGACAGACCAGAAAACAUAACGAGUCAUGUCUCGCAGGAGUUCCCGCUUGCUGUCCGGUGGCUACUACAAUUCAGAUGAGGAAUCUGACUCAAGUAGUGUGACAAACAUAUCUUACAGAGAAAACCCGGUCAAGGUUUUUAAGAAGAAGGCAGGGACCCGCAAGCCUGGCUCCCGCACCUCCAGUAGAGCAAAUAGCAAUGCCAGUUCUGGGACCCCUGAGACCCCUCGCACUGCAGGUCAGAGUCCGUCGCCCUUGAGCACUCAGACUGCACCUACCAUGAGGACCGUGCCCUACGUCCCCAUCACGGUCACCCCACGCCCAGCACUGACCCCAUCAUCAGCCCGGGCUCAGACCCCCACACACUGCCGUCCCGUACCUCCAGUGAACAGCCCUUACGCCGGGCUCUCCAGCUCCAGCGGGCCGGGAUUACACUCUAGGCCUAACCACAAGGAGCUGAGUCAGAGUGGCGUGGACAGCUCGGGAUACUCGUCCUCUGAGGGCAACGCACCUGAAGAUCGUAUAUACUCCCACAUACCAGCAGUAGCUAAAGCUGCAUUCAGCAGCAGCAUGAAGAAACGUCUGGCUCUCUUACUGAUUGCACUUCUAUGUAUCUGGUUGCUCCUUCCCUUCUUCACCUCUUUCAUCUCCCGCAUGACUGUCUCAAAGACCCCGUCACAGACAAAACCCAAGAGUCAACCUGUUCUCCCUGCCGCUCCUCCUCCUCCUCAACCCAACACCAUGCAUUCCACACCUACAGCGGAUCCUGCCGUUGUGUCUGCUGCUGUAGAAGCUAAGAUGCAGCAUCUGCUGGUGGAUCUGCAGCUUAAACAGGAGCUCCUUAUCUCCCAGAUGAAGGAGCAACUGCAGCUGGACAUGCAGAACAUGAAAGCAGGUCUGGAGGCAGUGGACUCAGACGGUCGGCUGCGUCUGGAGCAGGAUCUGGCCGUGCUGGGCAGGCAGAUAGAGGAUUACCAGAAGGACAGUCGCUCUGCUGCAGCCAGUCUCAACCUCAGGAUCCAAACUCUGGAGAAGCAGAAUACCAAGCUUUUCCAGGAGUUGUCAUCCGUCCAGAUGAUGCCUCCUCCAGCCCCUUGUCCUCAUACCAGCGCUGCUCCAGUCCUCAACCAUCUCAGCCCUGAGCUUCAACAGGCCAUGGAGAAGUGGCUCACUGCCCGCAUCCAGGAGCAGGAUGCAAUCAGAACUGCUGACAGAGGAAGCUGCACAGACUGUGGACAUCCCAUGGCUGACAGAAUGGCUGACUUUGCUCUGGAGACUCAAGGUGCCAGUGUGAUCAGCACCAGGUGUUCGGAGACGUAUCGUCAUCGCUCAGCGUGUCUCACCCUGUUUGGUUUCCCUCUGUGGUAUCCAUCUGAGAGCCCACGCACCGUUAUUCAGGGCUACCCGGUGCUGCUUCCAGGAAAGUGUUGGGCGUUUCAUGGUGUCCAAGGCAUUCUUGUCAUCUCUCUGUCCCACCCCGUGAGGAUAAGUCACGUGACGCUGGACCACCUGCCACGCUACAACUCUCCCACCGGUCGCAUUGACUCCGCACCCAAAGACUUUGAAGUUUACGGCAUGAAAAAUGACACAGAAGAAGGAACACUGCUGGGGAAAUUCACUUACGAUGAGAACGGCCCGUCAACGCAGACGUUUAAGCUGCCUAACCAGAGUGACGUGGUUUAUCGAUUUGUGGAGCUGCGAGUUCUUACCAACUGGGGUCACGUCGAGUACACGUGUCUUUACCGCUUCCGUGUGCAUGGAACGAUCGCCUCCACAUGAGACUGGAGCUUCUCUGAAAGUGACGUGGCAGCGCAUUCUAACAUAUCAGAAAGUACAUUUGCAAUGCACACUUUUUUAUAAAAAUUAAAAACCACUUGAUGGUCUGAGGCCAAAUGCUACUGAAAACAUUUUUAGUGUUGACUUGGGUGUGGCAACAGGUUUUGCUGUUUUUUUGUGAUUACUUAAUGUUAAAACGACAAAAUUACGAGAGCUUUUUGUGCAGUGCGCAUUCAGCUUUAAAUAAUGGCAGAGGAGAAAAAUGUGAUUCUAAAAAAACCAAAAGUCUACCUGGUAAAACCAUGUGGAAGUGUAAGGUUCUGGCAACUUUAUGCUUUCAGUCAUAUGAGCGUGCCACAAAAUCAUUUUUAAUCUUUUCCUAUUUAUUGAGGGUUUUUUUCCUGCUUUACGUUCUUACAGCGCACAAUCACAGUGGGAGCUCCCUGGUAAAAUAGCUUUUCUUUCCGUUUUGCCGCUGGGUAGCUACAGUGUUAAAUGCCUUGCUCAGUGGUACAAGUCAAAGCAGCUCACUGUACUGACCCAGAUGUCUGCAAGGGGUCUUGGGAUUUAAACCAGCAACAACUGGUUCCGGUCAGACCCAUACGGUCAGCCUGCCACAUCACAGAAGUAAUGACAUUGAUGAACUUAACAAGGUUGUUUCUAACUUGUGCUGUCCAUUCUCUGACACAAAAUGAAGCUCAGUGUUUCACUUUUGUCAUGAUAAAGGUUUAGUUGGUGAGGUUCUGAAUCAAACAUGUGGCCUGAUGUCUGACCAGGUUGAAAAUGUUUUUACACCAUUUUUUGUCAGGACAGUGUUCUGAUUUGUAGUUGACAGAAGGGGUGUGCAACCCUCUGAGCAACAGGUCGAUAAUAUACACAGGACAGCAGUGAAUGUUGUUUAAUAAGUGUUGUUUGUUAUUGUUAAGUUUGAUUUAAUAUUCCUACAAAGGUCAAAUAUGCAGCUUUGUAACAUGUAUUUUGUUUUCUCUUUUGGCAAGUUUUGAUUUUAUUUCUGGUACUUGAAUACUUGAAAAGCUUUUUUCUGACCUCUCUUUGAGGAGACGUCGCGCUGAAUCCCUGACGUCUUUGUUUCCACAUCCUUGUACAGAACACUUUCAUUUUGUCUGAGCUCCUCGACCAGGAAAGAUUUGCGUUAUUUACAAAUGCAGUCAUGAAGUUACGAAGAAUAAGUUAUGUCUGUUUUGUAGGAUGCAUUUGAAAGUGUUUUUUGAUUAUUAAUAUGCUAUACAUAUGAAAAAUCAUUCAAUUUUGUUCUUCAAAAUCUGGAAAAUACCUCUUAACACAACAACAGAGCUGCCGGUGUUUGUUUUAGUUCGUUUGUUGUAUAUUUUAUUUAGACGGAACAGAAAGGCUUUUUAAUGAGGUGCACUAGAGAUGAUUCCAGGUAACAGAUAACUUUAUUGAUCUUGUUUUCAGAUGUGCAUCAUGGCAGAAUUUACCACAAAACAGGACCACAACCUUUUGUUGAGUUUUUCUCUUAAUGAAGCAGAUCUAAGAGAAGGUUUGAGCUCACAGGAAAGGUUUACCCAUAUUUAAAAUAACAGACGUGCAUGCCAUGCAUUUAUUUUGUAAUCUCUGCUCAAAAGAAAUCAAAGUAAACUUUUGAAAAAUUCUUAUUUAUUUUUGUAAAUUUUUGAGAUGUUUGGUGUUUGCUGAUGAUGAAAUCCUUCAAAAUUCUAAAAGCUGAUUUUUGUAAUAAGGCAGUCCUAGUGCAUCCCGUUAUGUAUUUAAACUUGGAUUAAUUGUGGUUAAUACAAGGACUUUGGUACAGUUCUAAUAUGUUUAGUUUGCAGUAUUUACUUUCUUCAUUAAACUCCUUGAUUAUGCAUAACCAUGAAUUUAUAGUUAUUUAUCUUCUUACAUGCGGAAGAUGUAAAAAAAAAAAAAAAAAAAAAAAACCCAGCCUGUUUAAAGGGGGAAGUACAGCUUAUUUCAUAGGUUCGCAAAGCCACUAUAUUGUACAGGCUCUUAACAAUGUUUGAUGUGACACAAUUUAACAUGCUAUGCAUCAUUUUAAAACUUUUGAGUUGCAAAUUAUCAUUUUAACAGUUAGAAGUUACAUGCAGUGAUCCCUGGGGACAAAAUCUUGUCAUAAACAUGCCAAUACACAUUUCCCGGUGACCCAUAUUUAGAUGCUAUCUACUCGGAGUCCAUAAAUUUUGGGUUAAUGACUAUUAUAGCUUUUGAUAGAGUAACCUACAGUAAAACAAAUAAUGGGUGCUUUGGGGAUAACUCUUUUUUUUAUUAUUAUUUUAUAUCCCUUAUUAAUCCCUCGAGGGGAAAUUCCGAUUUUCGCAUAUCCCCCCGUCUGGGGGGGUCAGAGCGCAGGGUCAGCCGCGGUACAGCGCCACAGCAACCAUUUCAAUAUAAAUAACUCUUUACUCCAGAAUGAAAAUGGUCUUAAGUGGUCAGAUUAUAAAGUAUUUAAAAAAGCAUCCAUUAUUUUAAGAAGUACUGUCUUAAGAACAAUCUGUGAAAAAAUCGCUCAAAUAGCUUAAAAGUUAUUAGGUUUUAUGUAACGCCUGUCCCAAUGCAUACAGAUUUUGAGAAAAUGGCAGAUAAAGAUCGUGAACCAUGCACAAGUACUCACCAAGCUGUUGUAAGUCACUAACUAAGCAUUUCUUUGACACAUAAUGAAUAGUUUAAGCACUUAAUUUUUUCAGAUUUUUUCAGGCAUGUAAGGUGUACUCCCCCCUUAUUUGAUUUGGAAAAAAGUCUGAAGCUCCUGCGACCUGUGUGUCACGUGUGGCGUUGUUGUUGUUGUUUAACAGCCUGUACAGUGCUUUGAACACAUGACUCAGAUUGCAUAAUUCCUCUUUAAUUCUUGUUGGUGUGAAUCUUUAGGAGCAACAUGAACAGCAUGGCUUUACUUCAUCACACUGAAUGAGGUUCAUCUCUGUCUAUAAAUUGUGUUUUUCACAAUCAAACAAGCCAAAAAGUUGACUGUUAAGGCACAUAAUGUCGGCUACUGCCUGAAGUGUACUACAGGGUUAUUUGACUUUAAAUGCCUAUUUGUAAGCCAAACUGGGAAUGUUUGAUUUAUUAAAUAAAACAUUCUGAAAAAAUAA